AGCCGCCUUAACUGCGGCUGAUGAACCGGUUGUGUAGCCGGACGCCAGAGGGGAGCCGCCGGAGAGGGGAGGCAACGGUCGUCGACCCACUCGGCAGUGCCACGUCCCGCAGUCGCGUCAAACCCUAUCAGCACGACACCCGCGCACGCGCAUCUACCUAUUUACAAUAUUUCCGCAUACGAUAACCAGUUACUUUGUGCUGUCAAUAAACAUUUAACUACAGUCCGCUGUUUGCUUCGCCACCAUAUGGUCCUUCUCACCUUGUCUACAUGAAAUAGCGACCAGCAGUACAAAGGAACAAAGAAAGUUAACGGACCCAAACCGGCCACGUAACAUUCUUCGAGUUGUCGCCUGAAUCCUUCAAGUCAUCGUGCCUGCUUUCUUUUGGUUGUCGUGGAGUGCGUUCUGAAGGUCUUGGAUUUACCGCCUGAAGCCAUCCACCAAAUCAGGGACCACUUGGAGGGUCAUCGGGAUUGCGGAUCAUCAACUUCGGUUGCGCGUGAUCAGCAUCAACGCACACGAUUCGUCGGGCAACGAGGCUACGUGUUAAUUUCAUUCAUCACCUGUGGAUGGCAUAACAACCGACGAGUUGGAGAUGUUGGCGGACGACCCCGACGAGCAAUAUGCGGAACGCGAAGAAUUUGAUAAACUAUACUGCAGUCUAGUGGCUACUGCUCGCCAGCUGAUCACUAUCGCGCGCAGAGAGUUGAAUGCAGACAUCGCGUCCGAGCGCUCGUGAAUGUGGUGGAUACUAACGGAAAGCUCCAUACCGCACGGGUCUUGCUGGACAACGGGAGCACAGCCAACUUUGUUUCAGAGGAUUUCUGCCGUAAGCUGCACCUUUGUACUUUGAAUACCAAAUCCAGAGUGUUUGGCAUCAAUAAUCAGUCUUCAAACUGCACAAAAUCAUGCAAUUUUAAAUUACAGUCAUUAGAUAAGGUAUACGAAGUCAACAUAGAAUGCUUUGUAUUAUCUAAAAUAAGUACUAAGCUACCAUCAACUUAUGUUGACACAAGGAGCUUUCAAAUACCCACUGGCAUUCGUCUUGCCGAUCCUACUUUCAAUUGUCCGUCUUCAGUCGACAUCUUAGUUGGCGCAGAAAUAUUUUGGGAAAUUUUAGGCGCGAAUCGUAUCAGUUUAGGAAAGAACAAACCUUCUUUAUUUGAAUCUAAGUUAGGCUGGUUGAUUUCCGGCUUAUUUAUAAACUCAAAUCAUAAUAAUGACUCUUCUUCUCCCGUGUGCAUGUUUUCAGACAACACACUAUCAGAUUUGUCUCGAUUUUGGGAGCUUGAUACUAUUUCUUCAAAACACAAACUCACUCCCGAAGAGAAGCGCUGUGAGCAGAUAUUUGCGGAUACCACGUAUCGAGAAUCUGAUGGUCGUUUCGUGGUGACUCUACCCCUCAAAGAGCCACCCACCAUUCUAGGUGACUCUUACAACAUGGCCAGGCAUAGGUUUAUCUCUUUAGAACGUAGAUUACAAAAAAAUCCAAUUCUUCAGAAACUCUAUUUUGACUUCAUGCGUGAGUACAUAGAGCUAGGUCAUAUGACUGAAAUUAAUUCUUUUGAUUGGAACUCUACAGAGCCAUCUUAUUACUUGCCACAUCAUGGAGUCAUGAAGGAGUCGAGUUCCACUACGAAACUGCGUGUCGUAUUUGACGCGUCUGCAGUUACUACGUCGGGAAAGUCUUUCAACGACAUCCAAAUGAUAGGAGCCACUCUUCAAGACGAUUUACAAUCGAUUCUUCUUCGAUUCCGCCAGCAUAGAAUUGCAGUGUCAGCGGAUAUUCAGCAAUUCUAUAGACAGCAUCUUGUCACUUCUCCACAACGAUGUCUGCAACAGAUACUAUGGAGAGAAAGCCCUAGGACACCGUUGAAAACAUACGUACUUAAUACAGUCACCUACGGUACGGCAUCUGCACCUUUUCUCGCAACUAGGUGUCUGUUACAACUAGCGCAUGAUUGUAAUAACAAGGCCAUUCAAUUUACAAUCGAACAUGAUUUUUAUGUUGAUGAUUAUUUAUCAGGUUCAUCAUCUGUCGAAGAGGCGAUACAUCAAUGUCGUGAAGUUAUCGCUGUCUUACAAUCAGCUCAGUAUAAUCUGCGUAAGUGGCAUUCUAAUUCCGUGGAAGUCAUGCAGCACUUUCAUGGAAUUAAUUGUGAUACACAAGGCUCUGUUGAUCUAAGCUACAACUUUAACGAGAUUUCUAAAACAUUAGGCCUCAACUGGAAAUUAUUUAAUGACACAUUUUCUUUUACAAUUAAUUUAAAGCACACUGACAUUAUUUCAAAACGACACAUUUUAUCUACGAUUGCACAAAUAUUUGAUCCCUUAGGUCUUGUAGCACCAUGCAUCGUGGAAUCUAAAAUUAUCAUGCAACAGUUGUGGUUAGCUAAAUGUACUUGGGACGAACCUGUUUCUGAAGACAUACAAAGGUCUUGGGAGAGUUUUCAAAAUACUCUUCCAUUGUUAAACAACAUAGAGAUUCCACGUUGGAUUUCAUGUGACUCUCCUAUAAAACUGCAAUUGCACGUGUUUACAGAUGCGUCUGAGCGAGCUUACGGUGCCUGCGUCUUCGUGCGCAGCAUACAUGCCGAUGGCUCUGUUCACGUUCAUCUACUUAGUUCCAAGAGCAAGGUAGCUCCUAUAAAACCAGCUACUAUGCCCCGACUCGAACUAUGUGCAGCCUUGAUGGGCGCUCGAUUGCAUUCUAAGGUACUUCAAUCACUUACCCUAAAAUUCAACGAGUCAGUGUUCUGGUGCGACUCUACCAUAGUGUUGGGCUGGCUAUCGAUGACACCCUCGAAUCUUAAACCUUUCGUCCGUCAUCGUAUCUCUGAAAUCCAGGACAUUGUCGGUGGUGACUGUUGGCGCUACGUUCCUUCAGCAGAAAACCCCGCAGACCUCGUCUCACGAGGACUCUCAGCUGACAAGUUAGCUCACUCUUCUUUAUGGUGGUCAGGGCCACAGUUUCUACAACAAGACCAAUCAAUUUGGCCGCAAUUUCCACGAUCGCAUGACAAGUCUACGUUACCAGAGACAGUUAGAAUUUUUCAUGUCAACGUCGACGGUGAAAAUGUAAUUUCUACACUUUUCAAUCGGUGUUCAAACUUUAACGCAUUGCAACGCAUCGUAGCCUUUAUGUCACGGUUUCUUAAAAAUUGCAAAUUACAAAAUCAAAAUCGUACAUUUGGUCCACUAACAACAUGCGAAUUAAAUAAUUCAUUAAAUUUAAUUUUAAAAAUCUGUCAACAAGAAUCAUUCCCUGAGGAGUACAAUCUUCUCACUUCAGGUAAACUAUUACCUCCUAAAAACAAACUCUUAUCAUUAUCGCCUUUUCUUGACGAUAAUAAAAUUAUUCGAGUAGGGGGCAGGCUUCAUAGUUCCUUUUAUGACUACAAUGUUAAACAUCCUGUUCUUCUUUGUAGCUCGAAUCGAAUCUGUAAUUUAAUAUUUCAAAUGUUUCAUCAUAAAUUAUUUCAUGCAGGGCCUCAACUGUUACUUGCCUCCAUUCGUCAUCACUACUGGCCCAUCGGUGGUAGAAAUCUAGCCAGGAAGACAACACAUCAAUGUGUAAAAUGCUCUAGAAUCAAGGCUAACACAAUCCAACCUAUCAUGGGCAACCUUCCAGUGCAGCGUUUACAUCUAGAAUUUCCCUUUUUAGAUACAGGUGUCGAUUACGCCGGUCCUAUCAUGAUAGCUGACCGCAAGGGCAGAGGUUGCAGGCUCGUCAAGAGCUUUAUAUGUGUAUUUGUGUGUUUGGCCACAAGAGCAGUUCACCUUGAGCUUGUUUCAGACAUGACAAAAGAAGCUUUUUUAGCAGCUCUCAACCGAUUUAUUGCUCGGAGGGGGAAACCACGCCACAUCUUCUCGGACAAUGGUAGUACUUUCGUCGGGGCCUUCAAUGAGCUAGCGCAGCUUCUAGCACAGGAUCUCGACCUAAAUAGAAUCGAUCCAGGUAUAACCUUUUCGUUUAUUCCGGCAUAUACUCCACAUUUCGGUGGACUAUGGGAAUCUGCCGUCAAAUCCACCAAAUAUCAUUUAAAACGAAUCUUAAGCCUUACGUACCUCACCUUUGAAGAAAUGGCAACUUGCCUUAUUCAGAUUGAAUCUAUAUUAAAUUCUCGUCCUCUAACUCCUAUAUCCAGUGACCCGUCAGACCUCACUCCACUUACACCCGCACACUUCCUUAUUGGGCGAUCUUUACUGACGUUGCCUCAUCCACAGGUCACCAGAGCCAGUGUGUCCUCGCUUCAGCGAUUCCAGAGAAUCGAAUAUCUGAAGCAACAUUUUUGGAAUCGCUUCUCAAACGAAUAUGUUCUCUGGCUUCAGGAAAAAUCCAAAUGGCAUCGCUCUACCAGAGAAGAACUAAAGGAAGGGGCUCUCGUUGUAAUCAAGGACAUGACCUCUCCGCCUCUUAUGUGGCUGAUGGGACGAGUCAUCCGUGUGCUACCAGGGAGUGACGGCGUCGCAAGAGUUGCAGACAUACGCACACGCAAGGGUGUGCUCAGACGGGCAUUCAAAACUAUUUGCCCCCUGCCUCUACAGUGACUCUACCUUGAAGACCACGGCUCUUCAACAGGGGGAGCAUGUUGGAGCCGCCUUAACUGCGGCUGAUGAACCGGUUGUGUAGCCGGACGCCAGAGGGGAGCCGCCGGAGAGGGGAGGCAACGGUCGUCGACCCACUCGGCAGUGCCACGUCCCGCAGUCGCGUCAAACCCUAUCAGCACGACACCCGCGCACGCGCAUCUACCUAUUUACAAUAUUUCCGCAUACGAUAACCAGUUACUUUGUGCUGUCAAUAAACAUUUAACUACA